CCUGUCUAACUGAGAUGCCUCUGCUAUCCCUUGUAUAUACCGUGCAUACUCCGUAUCCACAUCCCCAAUAACCAGAUACAUACCCACUAAAUGAAUCCUCUACCUCUUCUCCUCGAAUGAGCAACUCAACCACAACUACCUAGUAGCUAUUACCCGAUGGCUGACGUCCUGCGACGAAGGGGAAUAUACAGAACUCAUUGGAUACAUCCGCUCUCGCAGGCCCUAGGAAUAGCAUUCAGACAAACCUCCCUGGAGACGCUGUCCGCAAAGGCCGGAGUAGCGUAUAGUUAUACAGUAGAUUUUGCGGGGACGUCUAUUAAGAGAAGGUAUCCCCGUGUCGUUGAGGGGAGGAUUCAAGGAACAACACCCCACCUCUCAAGCAAAGACAAAGCCGACGGCCAGAAGGUCGUCACGGUUGGAUUCCAUGCCCGGAAUGGAACAAGAUACUUGUCCAUACACGCUCACGGCGACGGCACCUGGAAGGAGUUCCUUUCGCGGGCGGGAAAGGCUGUUUUGCGUAAGGGGAGGGAUGGAUCUCAAAGGAGGGCGAUGCAGGGGAGAUUGAUUAGAUCUUCCUGCUAGUGGUUGUGGUUGUGUGGGGUUAUUUAUUUAGCGUUUGUAUUUGGCGUUGGCAUAGCUUCUUGUUUGUUUCACUCGUCUCGUCUUCUUUUUGACCGUGAGUUCAGUUAUGUUGUG